AUGAUCUGCGUGGCCUUUCGCUUGCAGUGGCCGAGAGCUUUAGCCAGAUCGCUUCCCACUGUCGAGCGCUUAAGCACUUUCAAGCUUUUGAUCGGCGGCGGCCCUUCGGCUGACUCCGCAACAUUCGUACAAAGAUAUGAUUAUCGUAUUUGUCGAACAGCCCGGGCUUACAAUAUCCCGGCUGAAGGAGGCAGAAAAAAUGGCGAAGUGCGGCUGGCGAUCCAAUGCGAGGUUUGGAUACCUGAGUGUGCUCAUAAGGUUCGAGAGCAGCAGAAGAAGUGGGAGGAGCUCAAGCUUCAGCAGCAAAAGAAGCAGGAGGAGCUGGAAGCCAGCGCUCGGGCUGCCAUUUCCGAGCUUCAGAACAUGGUUUCAACAGCGGAGGCUUCAGCGGAAGGAGCGCACUACACUGCUGCCCCUUUCGCUGGCGACCACGAGAUGGAGGUGCUGGAGGUCCUGAAGCUGUGCAAGAAGGUGGAGCGAACAGGCAAGUCGGCCAUGGCCGCGUGCCAGGCGUGCGUGGACACCUUGGGCAGCAAGAAAGCCUCCAUCGAGGAGGCCGAGAACAUCCGAGUUGAGACUUCGGCAGCCAUCUCGGCCUUGCAGCCGCGGAUCCAGGCCGCCACAAGGCUCGUCACCGAUGCCUUGAACAGAGCAAAGGAGAACAGAGACAGGAUUGCGAAGCGCAUCGCGACGGCCAAGCGCACCGAGAAGAAGACAGCCCUCUUCAGCAAGUACGACCAGUCUACUGUGCCGGGUUCGCUUCGCAAACGCACCAUGCCUCCUCAAAGACUUCCACGUGGCAUUCUGCCUGAUGGCAUUGAUGUUCCAGAAGGGACGGACAUCAUGCAGUUUUGCCGGGACUUGGCCGAGAGUGGAGCUGAGUUUGCAGAGCAGUUUGAUCGAAGCCACCCGAAGUUCCACAACGGCAAUCCCACAGCCGUGCCGCUUGGUGGUGCCCGGAUUCCAGACUCCUUGGCUGCCUCCAUGGCACAGGCAGAAUCGAAGAACUGGCGUGACAUGCCAGAUGCCCCCUUGAGCUUGGAGGAUGAUUAUGGUCCGGAGCACAAGAUGCUCAUGGACGCACAUAAGACCCUCAACGAGUGCAAGAAGGCGAUUGCAGUCGUCAACAAGCCAGUGGAGGUUGCCAUGAGAUUGCGGUGUCAGUACAGAGAUGCCGAGGGUGACGACAAGGUGGCCUACGAGAGCAGGCUGAAAGGUGCAGAGAACGACAGAGACGGGGCUCUGGAUGCUGCUACAGUCACCAUUCUUGGCAUGAGCUCAGAUGUCAUUUCUGAUCGCUGCCGACAGUGCGUCGAGGAUGUGGUUGCCAAGGGCAAGUUUGAGUUUGUCGACAAAGAGACGUAUGGUGAAUACAUUCAGGUGCUCAAAAGAGCAAAUCAGGAGAUUUUCAUGGAUCAAAAGAGACUUCUGCAAAGGAUCAAGGAUGUAAAGAAAGCCUUCAAGGAGCAGAGCAAUGCUCGAGCAGAGAUCCAGGAGGAGCCCGGCAAUGCCCAGGAUGCGGAUGGCCGGUGGAAUCGAGCAGAAAUCUCGGCUUAUGCGAAGGGCGAGUUCAACUUCGACCUUCCAGCAGAAAAUCUUGACCGCAUUAUGCGGCAGAUCUGCGGACAGUCAGAAGAAGGCCUUGCAAUCGAAUCAAUGCAGCUGGUCAAAGUUGCUGUCGGUAUUGCAAGGGAAGAGGAAAAAAGCAAGGCGAAGCGUGAGCUUCGCCUGGAGCGUGAGCGGAAAGAGCGUGAGGAGCGAGAGCAGAAGGAGGCGGAAAUCCGCGCGCGCCAUGCGGCGCAUUCUUCGGCUUGCCAGGCCCUCAUGGCUGAGCUCCAGGAGCUCGAGCCCACCAUCGCAUCAGCGGAGUCCAUGUCCGAGGCCAUGGUGGAGGAGGCGAAUGCUGGAAAAAUCCGCGAGGCUCAGGAAGCCAAGCAGAGGCUUCAGGUCAUCGAGACCGCAGUACAAGCCACGCACAGCGCAAUCGCCGCAGUGCAGGUGAAAGCCCAGGAGCUCAGCACAAAGGUAUCCGAGGAUGCCGAGAUGGUGGAGCACAUGGCCCCGGAGCUGGCAGCCUUGGCAGCGAAGACCGAGAGCCAGGAUCUGGCACUUCGAAAGGCCUUGGCUUCUGCUGGCCAGGCCCGUCAGCUGGCACUGCACCGCGCUUUCGCAUUGUACGAGGGCCUCCGAAUGGAGGUGGCUGCGAAACUGCGAGUCUGCAUCGAGACGCAGGGUGGGAAGCCCGACGACCUCUACGACGCAGUGAAAUCGGCUGGUGGUGGUGCAGUUACCAAAAGCGCCAUCAAGGCCUAUCUUGAGGCCAAUCAGUCCGUCCUGGAGGAGGCGCACCUGGAGACCAUGUUCCCCACCCCCUCUGAGCCCAAGGGGCAGAAGGAGGCAGAGGGCGGCCAAGAAGAGUCUCAGCAGCCUGAGAUCAGCAAGGAGGAUUUCAUGCACGUGAUUCGGAUCUUCUACAAGGUGGUGAAGGAGAUCGUGCUCUCUGACAACCUGCUGAUUGAGCAGAGCGAGCAGCUGAGACGGAUGGACGUCGGCGAAGUCAUGGAGGUUUUCCAAGGUCCGAUGCUGGAUCCAUCUGUGGGGGUCUACCGGAUUCAUGGCAAAGCUCUCCGCGACGGCAUCACUGGCUGGGUGACGGUGGCCGGCAACCAGGGGAUCACCUUCCUGAUGCCGGGAGGCAACCUCUUCAAGGUGAUCCGGCCGUCUCGGUUCACAGACUUCCCAGAAGACCUUGAAGGCGAACAUGGCGUACGGCAGCUGAUGGAGGGCGAGAUCCUCGAGGUGCUUGCUUGGCAGCGCGUGAAGGAGGGCACGCCAGCUGCAGUCACCCGACUGAAAGCAAAGCUGCAGGGUGCGAAUGCAACUGGAUGGGUGUCGAUGUCGGACAGCGGCAUUCCGAACCUCGAGGUUCUUUGA